AUGCGAAUGAGAGAAAUACUGAGAAAUGAGGUAUAUCCAGUCGGAGCUGAGUUGUCCCGUACUUAUAAUGAUAACGAGAAGGAGUUCGGUGCUUGGAACGCUUUAGAUCGGGACCUGAUGACUCGCUCUUAUUUUGUAGCUGCCUCUGACGGUAGUGUCUGGAUAAAAUUAAUACUGGAACAGGUGACCUGUGUUGACCAAGUUGUGUGGUACAAGAGUGAUGGUCCUUUUUUCACAUGGACAUGCUCAAAGACUGACUGCACCUGUCAGGAUGAUUCAAUUUCAUGGUGUGAUCUCUUCUCUCUGACAGUCUCUAAUGAGGGAAUAGUAGACAAUGUUCCUUCAGUUUCGAGAUGCAAAUACGGAGACACAGUCAAGAUAGAGAGGAUUGAUCACAGUGAAAGUUAUGUUGAUAACAUGGUGUUCGAUAUAUCUGUAACAGAGAUAAGAGGAAUGAGAGACAUAAUGGUAAGUGAGGUAUUUCCAGUCAGAGCUGAACUGUCCCGUACUUUAAAUGAUGACGAAGAGGAAUUCGGUGCUGCGAACACUUUAGAUCGGGACCUGAUGACUCGCUCUUAUUUUGUAGCUGACUCUGACGGUAGUGUCUGGAUAAAAUUAAUACUGGAACAGGUGACCUGUGUUGACCAAGUUGUGUGGUACAAGAGUGAUGGUCCUUUCUUCUCAUGGACCUGCUCAAAGACUGGCUGCACCUGUCAGGAUGAUUCAAUUUCAUGGGCAUGUGAUCUCUUCUCUCUGACAGUCUCUAAUGAGGGAAUAGUAGACAAUGUCCCUUCAGUUUCGCGAUGCAAAUACGGAGACACAGUCAAGAUAGAGAGGAUUGAUCACAGUGAAAGUUAUGUUGAUAAUAUGGUGUUCGAUAUAUCUGUAACAGAGAAAAAAGGAAUGAGACCAAUACUGGUUGAUGAGGUAUUUCCAGUCAGAGCUGAACAGUCCCGCACCAAAGAUGAUAACAAGAAGAAGAACGGUGCUCACCUCGCUAUAGACCUGAACCUGCUGACCAGGUCUGUAACAUACCCUGGUGCUGGCGGUAGUAUCUGGUUUAAGGUUACACUCGACCAGGUCAGCUGUGUUGACCAGAUUGUUUCCUACUUCCGCAAUGAUGGUCGUCCUAGUCUCACCUGGACUUGCUCAAAAGCAGGCUGUUCCUGUAAUGGUAGACACUGCAACAAAUACUCUCUGACAGUCUACAGAGAGGGGGCUGUAGACAGUAUCCCUUCAGUUCCAGACUGCAAAUACGGAGACACGGUCAAGAUAGAGAGGACUGAUAACACUGGUAGUUCUUUCUUGAACGAGAUAUCUGUAACAGAGAAAAAAGUCGGAGAACAAGGAGAACUAGGAGCUGAAGGAGAAAAAGGAAGACAAGGGGAGACUGGAGAAAAAGGGGCUCAAGGAACUAACGAUUUCUGCUCAUCGGUUAGUGGGAUCUGUUCGUUAGAAGGAGCAGAAGGUGAACCUGGUGAACCUGGUUUUGACGGGCUGAAAGGAGCAACUGGAGACUCGGGGUAUGUUGGAGAAAUAGGAGAACAGGGCUUAGGUGGUGAUGAUGGGGUGGAGGGUUAUAAUGGAGGACCAGGUAUAAAGGGAGAAAACGGAGGAGACGGAGAAGAUGGAAUAUCAGGAUCCAUCGGAGAACAGGAUUGUGAGCCUGAGAGCUGUGGCCUAAGACUGGGACAUUGUUAUGGGAUGGGGAGUAGCAGGUUCACAGUCCAGUGUAUGGAGGGAUAUGCAGCAAAUGGUAUUUGGCGAAAUUCCAGGUUUUGGGGACUCAGAUGCUGUAAAAUUAUUGUAAAAUGAAAAAAAAUUAGUAUUUGUGCUUUUGUUAGGGGAUAUAAAGCUUUAAAUGUAAAUAUGAGUAUGACUAUUAGUAUU